GGAACCGGUUCAUAUCAAAUUUUUACGCUUCAAUCUAACGUUGCAUGAGACGCUAGAACAUCGUGUGCAGAACAUCGCACAGUACAACUGAUAGUGGACUCCGACAAGCAGCCAGCAGCGCGAAAAACCCACGGACACGGUUUCGCGGUUUCGAACUGUAGGAGAUGAUCAGCAGACGAGCGGGCAUUUCAAGGGGAUGUUUCCUGUUGAGCAUUCUUUUGAUCACCGGCAAUUUGGCAAAUGCCAAAGUGUUCCAGAAGUGUCCAUUGGCUAGGCUGCUUGAUAGUCAGCAAAUUUCAAGGACGUUGAUUUCGAACUGGAUUUGCCUGGUGAACGCGGAAAGCGGUGGUGACACAUCCAAGAAAGUUUCGCAUGAUAAUCUUUCUGCCAGUUACGGUAUAUUUCAGAUCAACAGCAAAGAAUGGUGCCGAGUGGGACGGAAAGGAGGAAAGUGUAACAAAAACUGCGAAGUAGCGUUUUUGACGGACGAUAUUUCCGACGAUAUCGAUUGCGCCAAGUUGAUCUACAAGGAUGUCGGUUUCUCGUACUGGAAGGGAUGGGUCAGUAAGUGCAAGCAGAAACCACUGCCGGACAUCUCUCACUGUUGGAACUAGGUUACUUCGGAAGUAAUGCGGAUAUUAUACAAUGAAAUAUACUUUAUUGAACUAUGUUCAAAUUUGCACUAUAUGGUACAAAUAAGUCUGUGGUGCUGAAAAACCAUGACAUGUCUAUUGCUUUUUUGAUAAAAUGUUUG